AGAGAAUCAGUAGGAUUACAACGUAAAAUAUCCCUCUGCUGCCAGACAGUAUCCAUGGAACUGUCCAGAUCUGUCAUACUGGUACUACAGGAUGAAACCAGACAUCUGAGAACAAGACGCUGGUAAACAGAACAGGUCAGGUGUUUCCACUGUGCCAUAGCAUAUGGAUUUCAAGAAUUCCACUGAGGAGAUAAAGACUGGAGUUUACUUGCUGCAAGAUGGUAACCAGGAACCUUUCAAUGUUCGACUGCACCUAGUUAAAGACAUCCUGACUAUUCAAGAACAAGAUGUUAUUUGUGUAUCUGGAGAGCCAUUCUACUCAAGCGAAAGAACAGUGACAAUCAGAAGACAGACAGUUGGAGGAUUUGGCUUAAGUAUUAAGGGUGGUGCAGAGCACAAUAUACCAGUUGUGAUAUCCAAAAUUUCCAAAGAACAGAAAGCUGAGCUAUCUGGGUUGCUCUUCAUAGGAGAUGGAAUCCUUCAGAUAAAUGGAAUAAAUGUAAGAAACUACCGACAUGAAGAAGUGGUGCAGGUCUUGAGAAAUGCUGGAGAAGAAGUAACACUGACUGUUUCUUUCUUGAAAAAGACGCCAGCCUUUCUGAAAUUGCCUCUCUGCGAAGACUGCACAUGUGUACCCAGUGACCAGAGCAGUGGGACGUCAUCACCUUUAUGUGACAGUGGCUUGCAUUUGAACUAUCACCCCAACAAUACGGACACACUGUCAUGCUCAUCUUGGCCUACAUCUCCAGGGUUGAGAUGGGAAAAGAGAUGGGUGGACCUUCGACUUAUCCCCCUGCUCCAUUCACGACUGUCACAGUAUAUUCCAGGUUCAGACAUCUGCCGGAAAAAUGCAUUUCAAGUCAUUGCAGUAGAUGGUGUAUGCAGUGGGGUCAUCCAGUUUCCUAAUGCUGAAGACUGCCUAGACUGGCUCCAAGCAAUAGCAACCAACAUAUCUGCUCUCACAAAGCACAAUGUGAAGAAAAUAAACAGAAAUUUCCCUGUCAAUCAGCAGAUCAUCUACAUGGGCUGGGUGGAGGAGAAGGAGCAGGACUGUGUGCAGGACCGAACGUAUACCCCCAAGUUUCUCGCUUUGCGGGGCUCAUCUCUCUUCAAGUUCUCUGCACCUCCUGUAACUACAUGGGACUGGACAAGGGCAGAAAGGAGCUUCACUGUGUAUGAAAUCAUGUGUAAAAUCUUGAAGGACAGUGACUUUCUGGACCAGCGGAAGCACUGCUUCAGUCUACAGACUGAAUGUGGAGAGGACAUGUUCUUCAGUGUGGAGCUGGACUGCGAGCUGCUGGUGUGGGAAAAGGCCUUCCAAAUGGCCACCUUCCUUGAAGUGGAGAGGAUGCAGUGCAAAACAUAUGCUUGUAUUAUGGAAAGCCACCUUAUGGGACUCACAAUAGACUUCAGCAUGGGCUUUGUGUGCUUUGAUGCAGCAACAAAGGCUGUUCUCUGGCGAUACAAGUUUUCCCAACUGAAAGGGUCAUCUGAUGAUGGAAAGAGCAAGAUCAAGUUUCUGUUUCAAAACCAGGAGACUAAACUCAUUGAAGCCAAGGAGCUGGAAUUUUCAAACCUUUUUGCUGUGCUUCAUUGCAUCCACUCUUUCUUUGCUGCAAAAGUGGCUUGCCUGGACCCCUUGUUUGUUGGAAGCCAGGGUGCUGCUGCAGCUUCAGUGGCUUCAGCACCUGUUGUCCCCCAGGUCUCCUGUACUGCUGCACCAGGAAAGAUAAAAUAUUCUGCCUGACAGCUCUCAAGCUCCUUCCACAGCUCAAGGCAGCCCCCAGUUUACACCUACCGCCUCAUCAUCUCAUGACCUAGCAAAGUAUAGGGACACAGCAGCAGAUCCAAAACGGUCACAUUGUUAUGGACACAAGUCCUUAUCUUGUCCUGUUUAUUCGGUCCCUUCCUUCAAAAACGAACGUUUUACCGUAUAUUUUUUUCUUUCUUUCUUUCUUUCUUUCUUUCUUUCUUUCUUUCUAAUUUUGUGGUCUGAUAUAAACCUUAUAAAAUAGUUUAAAUAGAACUCCUAUUAAAG